CGCGGACGAUAGUACGCGCCAUUUUGUUUAGUGUCCGCUAGACGCGUCGUGCGUCGGGGUGCCGCGGGGUUGCUUUUAUGACUGUCAACAGGAAGAUAUUCGCGGCUCCUUGAGCUCGCCUACAACUCGGACAUAUACAUACGAGUGUCACGUUCGAGACAGUGCAAUACGUGCAUAAUCGUCUGUAUGAUUAUUGUGCCGUGCAAGACAAGGAUAAUUUCUCUGAGAGAGUCGAGGACUCUCGUGCGCUUUACAGUGUCAGAGAUCCAGCAGCUCCGAGGAUUUCACGAAUGCAUGGCGUCAGUUCCAACUUUAUGGAUACUUCGUAGGAAAUCGCUGUUGCUGUCGCCGUCCCUCACGGCCAAAAUUUCUUCUGCAGUACUUGAAUACGGAAAAAUAUAUAAGAAUGCGCACCCCUGCUGAAACUGAGACAAUAUCUCAGCCUGAGAUGUACAAAUUUGAGUCUCAGGAAACAGAUGCGUCGACAGCUGUAAAUCAAGUAGUUUUAUCGCCAUCCCACCCGGAAACACACAUAUUUACUAAUAGCAUGUUAUGUAUUCAAGAAGAAUUGGGUCAGCUGAGUGCAAUUGCGGGAGGUCCAAUAGUCACUGACCCACGUGAAGCUCAAUUACCUAAUAAUAGCCAUACCAAUUCUGAAAGCAAUACAAAUUCCAGUGAAACUGCAACAAAAUGUUCUCCAGGUUCUGGAACUCUAGAUGCACAAAGAACAAGUUGGGUCGAAGGCAUAUUAGGAUGUAUGCGUCCAGUUUGGAGUAUGCUUUCGAAAGCAGCUGUAAAUGAGAAAAUUAAAGGACAUCAAACGGAUGAUUGGGAAAUACCAUUUGAAUCGAUUAGCGAACUUCAGUGGCUAGGAUCUGGAGCGCAGGGGGCAGUAUUUAGUGGAAAAUUAAAUAAAGAAAUUGUAGCUGUAAAAAAAGUACGUGAACCACGUGAGACUGAUAUAAAACAUUUACGAAAACUUAAUCAUCCAAAUAUUGUUCAGUUCAAAGGAGUAUGUACGCAAGCACCAUGUUAUUGCAUAAUAAUGGAAUUUUGUCCAUAUGGACCACUAUAUGACCUUCUCAGAGCGGGGGAGCCUGUUCCACCCCCUAGAUUAGUGUCUUGGUCUAAACAGAUAGCAGCUGGAAUGGCCUAUCUUCAUGCACACAAAAUUAUACAUAGAGACCUCAAAAGUCCCAAUGUAUUAAUUGGACAAGGAGAAGUUGUAAAAAUUAGUGAUUUUGGAACUAGCAGAGAAUGGAAUGAAAUUAGUACAAGAAUGAGUUUUGCUGGUACUGUUGCUUGGAUGGCACCAGAAAUUAUCAGGAACGAGCCCUGUUCUGAAAAAGUGGAUAUUUGGUCAUAUGGUGUUGUAUUAUGGGAAUUAUUAAGUGGAGAAAUACCUUACAAAGAUGUAGACUCGUCUGCAAUUAUUUGGGGUGUUGGCAACAAUUCUCUUCAUUUGCCAAUACCGGCGAGUUGUCCAGAGGGUUACAGGUUACUGGUAAAGCAAUGUUGGGCUGCAAAGCCGCGCAAUAGACCUUCCUUUAAACAUAUUGAAAUUCAUCUUGGUAUUGCAGCAGUUGAAGUGCUAUGUACAAAACAUGAUGAUUAUUUCAAAACGCAGCAAUCAUGGAAAAAAGAAAUCAGGGAUCACAUGAAACAAAUGCAAACGAACAGUUGUAGCAGUCCAAGAUUUGAAGCUGAUCUAAUUCGACGACGCGAGGAUGAACUCAGGCAUGCUCAAGAUAUUCGGGAACACUAUGAACGUAAACUAGAACGAACUAAUAAUUUGUAUUUAGAAUUGAGUGCUGUUUUGUUGCAAUUAGAACAGCGCGAACGAGACGUAAUCAAACGAGAACAACAGAAUGGUUAUAAACAAUGUAAAAAGCGUCUUGUACAUCCUCUUUUGAAAGCUCAAGAAAGACUUCACCGUAGACGUAACCCGACAACGCAAUUUUCAACAUCAUCUACGCCAACAACUCCACCAUCACCUACAGACUGUCCCCAAAGCCCUGUGAAAGCAACUAUAUAUACACAGUUAAAUGAAUCUAAUCAACCAGAAACGAUUUUAGCUCCGAAUAGUAGUUUUAAACAACGUAAAUACAGGCAUCGUAGAGUAGGAUCUGGAUGUGGUGUAAGUUCUAGCCCGAGAUCGAGUCCUCAUCGCGAAAGAAAAAGUACUGAAGUAUGUGCGCGUUUUAUAGACAGUCAAACACAAACAGAUAUAAUGGAUAUCAGUGAAACAGAUUUCAAUCCUAUUACAAAUACAACAACAGUAUCGACAACAGAAAAGCUUUCUGUAAAUAGCAUAAAUAAACAAUCAUUAAAUAAACAAGUACCGGAGUGCUUAAAUGGGAACUCAAUUCUGUCUGAGGCUCAUUACAGAAUACAAUCUAGUCCAUGUUCCAGCCCUGAACCUUCGAAUGAAAAUCAUGUAAAUGGAAAUGAACGUUUAAAAGAUUGUAGCGAUGACGAUAAUCUUGAAACACUUGGCCGAAAAGUUAGUGAAAUUAUUAAUGCCAAUCGCCUUAUUUCGCCUAUAGAUAAUGGAAAUUGUGACGAUGUGAUAAUAUCUCAUAGAGGUAAAGAGGACUCAUUGAAAUUGUCUGGACAUUUCUGUGGAAUUAUUAUUAACGGUACUAAUAUACAACAAGAACAGUCUGAAAUUAGAACGCGGCCUUGUACUGAAAGUAUAGAUACGUUGCGUGAUCGUGAAGAUGAUAAUUGUGAAGAAAGUUGGUCAGAUGAAGAAGGAGAAGAUCCAAGUUACACGUAUAAUUACUCUCUUAGACGAAGAAGUAUUGCGAGACGACCAAUUGGUCCUGGAUGUAGAUUAAGAAGAUUUAAACAUGCCACAGUACGAAUAGAGGGAGUAUUAGCUUCUGAUGAAGAAAAUACUUCUGAAUAUUCCCACCCUCCGUCCAGUCAGUCAUCCACAUUAGAGAGUAAUCCCGAUGUGCAAAGAGCA